UGCAGUGUCCCGCCGGGCAGCACGACGCGAGGAAGCCUGCUGGUCCGUCCGCGACUCACACACUGUUCCAGGUGCGAACGCCAAACCCCGGUUGUUGCUGCCAUGCUGUCGUCGGUGGUAGCCCUGGUGCCGGCGCUGGGCGUCAUGGAGGUGCUGAUUGCCCUCGUGGUGCUACUCGUCGUGCGACAUUACUAUCGGACUGCGGGGUUCUGGUCGCGGAAAGGCGUGCCCUCCGCUCCGGGAGUUCCAAUCUUCGGAAGCUCCAUCCCAUUCGUACUUCAAAGUGAAUAUCGAGGCUACAGUAUGCAGCGCUUCUACAAGGACGCUCGAGCCAAGGAUCAACCGUGCGUUGGGCUAUUCAUCGGCUCGAGACCCGUUCUGCUGCUAACUGAUAUGGAUCUCAUCCGCGCGGUCAUGGUGAAGGACUUCUCGCACUUCAUGGACCGCGGACUGCCCUACGACCGCCAGGGGGAGCCGCUCACGGCCAACCUGUUCAACCUUGAGGGCGCCGAGUGGCGGUCGCUGCGCCACAAGUUGACGCCCACCUUCACGUCGGGCCGCAUGCGCGCCAUGUUCCCCCUGGUGAGCGCGUGCGCCGACGAGCUGCAGCACGUCCUGGCCGCCGAGGCCGCCGCGGGCAAGCCCGUCGAGAUGUUCGAGCUGCUGGCGCGCUUCACCACGGACGUCAUCGGCACCUGCGCCUUCGGCAUCCAGGCCAACGCGCUGAAGGACCCUCAAGCCGAGUUCCGCCUCAUGGGCAGGAAGGCCUUCGAGAUCCCCAAGAUGGCGAUGGCGUUCCUGCUGGUGGUGCCCCAGUUGCUUCCUUUCUUCAAGAAGGUUUUCUCAGUCCGUCUCAUCAACAAAAAAGUGGCCGACUUCUUCAACGGUGUAUUUCAAGAGACUAUACAGCACCGACAGAAGAACAACGUAUUGCGUCACGACUUCGUCGAUUUGCUGAUGCAAAUCAAGACUAAGGGCCAGUUGGCAGAGGAUGACGGCACCCUCAGAGCGGAAGCCGCAGGCGGCAUCGACGAGGACCUGCUGCCGGCGCAGGCCUUCGUCUUCUUCCUGGCGGGCUUCGAGACGUCCUCCAGUGCGCUGGGCAACCUCAUGACGGAGCUGGCGCACAACCCGGACGUGCAGGACAAGGCGCGCGCCGAGGUGGAGCGCGUGCUGGCCAAGCACGGCGGCAAGCUCACCUACGAGGCGCUCGGCGAGCUCACCUACAUGGACCGCGUCAUCGACGAGACGAUGCGGCUGUACCCCGCCGCUUCAAUCCUGUCCCGCGUCGUGACGGAGGACUACACGCUGCCGUUCCCGGGCAAGGACGGCAAGCCCGCGGUGCUGGAGAAGGGCCUCCAGGUCAUCAUCCCGACGUUCGCCCUGCACCGCGACCCGGAGUAUUUCCCGGAGCCCGACAAGUUCGACCCGGAGCGCUUCACGGAGGAGGCCAAGCGCAGUCGGCCGCACUACAGCUACAUACCGUUCGGAGAGGGCCCACGAGUUUGCAUCGGUCUGCGCUUCGCCAUGAUGCAGAUGAAGGCUGGUCUGUCCGCGAUACUCCUCAAGUUCCGCGUGCUGCCGGUGGAGGGAGCCAACGACUACCCGGCACAGUUCGAGCCUGUGUCCUUCGUGACCAAGACGAUCGGUGGCAACAAAGUGAUUCUGCAACCAGUGGAACAGAAAUCAUAACUCUGCAACCUGAAGAGAUUGACUUCGAACAGAACAGGCCGCACUGCUAACUCAUUGUGGACUUACCUGAUGAUGGGGCGCACGAUGUGUUCCAGAAACAAGUUCCUGCUAAGAAAGAGGCCGCGAACAUGCGCAAAACUUAAUCCGACUCGGUUUGUGGGUUCCUUUCCUCAGUAACAAACGGCUGGAGACCCGCUUUUCACUCUCCUCCAUACAUACUCUCCUCCUACCCAGGUUCGUGGUUCUUUCUCGCUCCCGGGGGUUUUGGACAGUUUCUAUUGAUGAGAGGAACCCACAACCCGAAUUUGGUUCAGUUCUGCGCAUGUUCGCGGCCAAGUGUUUUAUUUCUGCUUGCUGGAGCUUCGUAGAGCAGAGGGUUUGAGGAGAAGUGCAUUGAUUGGCAAGUCAUCGCCCGGACUGAGCUGUGAGAGUUCUGAGAUGUAACACCAGAAGUACAGUUUUGUAAUUGCCAUGCUUAUUGGUUAGGCUACAUGAAGGGGGCGUAUUUAAUUUGUGAUUUAGAUUUAUCAAUUGUUAGUUAGUCUGUACGGCAGUAGGGUAAGUUCUUUAGUUGGAAGUCUGUCAUGAUUAUUCCUCAUAGCGCAAUAGGAUUCUGAUGUUUGAACCAACUGUCCGGGAAACCAUUGAAAUAAAAUCAUUUCCGUUUUGACAACUACAUCGUGUUUAUAAUUUAUUGAACAGCUCUUAAACACACGCUAAAUGUUCAUGCACAAUUUGGAACGUGGUGAUGCAUGAUUUAAAACCUGUGUACCACUGUACAUAAUGUUGUGCUCAUAUUUGCAUAAAUUUAUACAUUUCACGCAUAAUAAUAUGCAAAUUCCACGUACGCAAAAAAUCGUGCAAUCACUGCGAGAUAAAUGUUGAAAUAAUAAUGAAUAAACAAAAUGAUCUAAUUAUCUUUGAAAUUGGCAUAUUUGUCUGCGACAUUUGUCAUACUUGUUACCCGUGUACUUAAUCUCGUCAUUCAACUGUUCCCUCCUAGUCCUGUCUUUUGUUCCUUGUCAUGAGUCAGUCUGAAAUAAAAAUGAGACCAUGUGAAGCCUGUUUUGUCCCUUAUCCAAUUGAAUCCUGAAUCGUCGAUAAUUUAGAGUGCCAUCUGUUAAAUUUGUGAUUUAGCCUAUCAAUUCUUUAGUCCGUAAGGUAGUAGAGUAAGGUUCUUAGUUGUUAGCUGUUAGCUGUAAGUCUGUCUUCUCAAUUUCUCAUCACGCAAUAGUUUUCUCAUACUUGUAUCCU